UUGUUUGAAACACGACACAAGUCGCCGAUGGCUCACGCCAACCCACGCCAACGCUCCGCCGGACAAUGUGCAGGAGCUGGCCCUGCGGGCCGUGCUUUCAUUUCCGAUUCAUGGCUACUAUAUAGAAGAUGUAGGCACUCUGGAGUUCGGUUCGAAUUACAGCAAGACACUCUUUUGUCACUACACUCAUUCCCAUUGAAAAUCAGCGGUGCUUCACUCUUUUCAGCACACGUCACUCUUUCAAAACAAAAUGUCUAUCAAAUCCACUCUCUUUUUGGGCCUCGCUGCCCUCUCAGCCCUGACUGAGGCUGCCCCAGCGAAGCGUGCUUCCGCUGGCAAGCGUGGUCUUGCAUUCCCCAAGCAGAACAACGGUGUCGCUGGAUCGACUUACACUCAUCUGUUCGACAGCUAUGAUCAGAUCACAUGGAUGUACGACUGGGAGGCUGUCAUUGACGGCACACCUGUCUCUGGCCUCGAAUACGUCCCCCUCCUUCACUCCAACCAGGAUUGGUGCACCUCAGGCUGGGCCAACAACGUUGCCAAUGCUCAGAAGAACUACAAGGUCUCGCACGUGCUCUCCUUCAACGAGCCUGACCAGUGCGGUGGUGGUGGCUCUUGCAUGUCCGUCGCCGACGCCGUCACAGCCCACAAGCAGUACAUCCAGCCUCUCGCCGGCUCUCUGAGGGUCGGUUCGCCUUCCGUCACCAACGGUGUAGGCGAGGCCAAGGGCAUCAACUGGCUCAAGUCCUUCAUGUCGCAGUGCAGUGACUGCAAGAUUGACUUCGUCGUCGCCCAUUACUAUGCCUGGGACAAGGCUGCGGACUUCAAGGCCUACCUCACCAACUUCCACGAGACCUUCAACAAGAACGUCUGGGUCACCGAGUUCGGUGUCACUGAGGGCAACUCCGCCGCUUUCCUCAAGGAGGUCCUUCCCUGGAUGGACCAGCAGCCCUGGAUCGAGAGGUACGCCUGGCACAUGGCUGCCCCCACCACCAACGCUGGUGGUCUCAAGUUCCUGCUGAACGAGGCUGGUACCGCACUCAACGAGGUCGGCGCUGCUUUCGCUUCGUAAGCGGUGGAACUGAACUGGGCGCGCGCGCGAAGGCGGCGCCUAGCGAAACACCGUUUCCUCUUGUUCCUUUCAAGAUACCCGUUUAUAGAACAAAUUGAGCGUUUCACAUCAAAUCAUCUUUGUGAUAACUUCGGUCUUUAUGUGUUUCGUGAUGCGCGCCAACGCUCGGUUGGGGUGGCUUCGCCAUCGGCCUCGUGCGCAGUGCCUGAUCGCCUUCGUGGGUGUGGAGGGGUCGUCUCCAUCGCAGUCGGCCAGAUACGCGCACUGAGACACAAGUGGCCGAGGCGGCUGGGUCCGGACAUUACGCACUUUGUGUGGAGGUGCAACGAAUACGCGGAGUAAUCAGUCAGACCACCUUCAUUCAUGCGUGCGACACCUCUCUGCCUUAUCUAUGUGUCAUUGCAAUCCUUCCUUUGCCAAGAAAAGCCGA